AUGGGCGGCGGCGGCACAUCGUUUUCCAGGCUCUUUACGCCACAAAAACUCUUCUUUCACAUCUUCUUCUGGGGUUUCCAUUGGGCCCUGUUCGGUAUAGGAUGGUGGAAACAAGCUGGUGAUGCACGUUUAGCACCGCUCAACGCCCUGCAGUACUCAGUAUGGGUAUCUCGUGGUGCAGGUCUUGUCCUGUCAGUCGACACCAUGGUGAUCGUCAUGCCAAUGUGCAGAAAUAUCCUCCGAUGGCUCCGUCCCAAGGUGCGCGUACUGCCGCUUGAUGAGUCUCAAUGGUUCCAUCGACAAGUCGCCUACGCCAUGUUGUUCUUCACUAUCCUCCACGUAGCGGCGCAUUACGUCAACUUCUUCAACGUCGAACGUGUGCAGGUCCGACCCCAGAUCGCGUUGCAAAUCCACUACGCCGAGGCUGGUGGAAUCACAGGACAUAUCAUGUUGCUGUGCAUGCUUCUAAUCUACACCACGGCGCACCACAGGAUUCGCCAACAAUCGUUCGAGACCUUCUGGUACACGCAUCAUCUGUUUAUCCCGUUCCUGCUCGGCAUGUACACCCAUGCGACCAGCUGCUUCGUCCGUGAUACCGCUCCAGCUUUCUCUCCAUUCGACCACGACAACUUCUGGACCCACUGCAUUGGUUACGAGGGAUGGCGAUGGGAGCUUGUGGGAGGUGGUCUUUACCUCUUCGAUCGCCUCUACCGUGAGAUUCGUUGCAGACGCCAGACCCAGAUCGUCAAGGUUGUUCGCCACCCAUACGAUGCCGUUGAGAUUCAGUUCACCAAGCCCAGCAUGAAGUACAAGCCCGGACAAUGGCUUUUCCUGAACUGCCCGGAUGUCAGCUACCACCAGUGGCAUCCAUUUACCAUCACUUCCUGCCCCAACGACCCGUACAUCUCGGUUCACGUGCGCCAGGUUGGUGACUUCACUCGCGCACUUGCCGAUGCUCUCGGUGCUGGUCAAUCGCAAUCCAAGCUCUACGACGAGCUCGACCCCAUGGGCAUGUACGAGAUCGCACUUCAGCACGGCCAAAAGAUGCCCGCUCUCCGCAUAGACGGACCCUACGGAGCCCCCGCAGAGGAUGUUUUCGAGAACGAAGUCGCAGUCCUCAUCGGAACCGGUAUUGGUGUCACACCCUGGGCCUCAAUUCUCAAGUCCAUCUACCACCUCCGUCUCAGCCCCAACCCACCCAAGCGUCUCCGCCGUGUCGAAUUCAUCUGGGUCUGCAAAGACACCUCAUCCUUCGAAUGGUUCCAGACUCUCCUCUCAUCGCUCGAAGCGCAGUCGCUCGGCGGCGCAGAUGGCGACCAAUUCUUGCGCAUUCACACUUACCUCACCCAGAAGAUGGACGUCAACACUGCGCAGAACAUUGUUCUCAACUCUGUAGGCACCGACAAGGAUCCCCUCACAGAACUCAAGUCGCGCACCAACUUCGGUCGUCCCGACUUCCAGCGCCUGUUCUGCGGUAUGCGCGAUGGUAUUCUGGACCGCACUUACAUGAACGGUCUGGAAAGCACGCUACGCACAGAGGUCGGUGUCUACUUCUGCGGUCCUAACGUUGCGGCGCGCGACAUCAAGAAGGCGUGUAAGCAGGCGGCAUGCCAGGAGGUCAACUUCAAGUUCUGGAAGGAGCAUUUCUAG